AUGUACGAUACAGAUGCCAUAUCCAUCUGGUGGAUCGCCUUUGCGCUCCCAGGGUCCGAGCCUAUAAGAACUCAAGAGUCUGAAGGAAGGAAAAUCCCUGCCUUUGUCCUACAGCUCGGCAUAACUUUAGACUUGCGGGCUCCCUGGAAUGUUGCGACUUGCGUCGCGAUCAUCUUCGUCUGCCUGACUUGCAUUCGGCAUGCUAAGACCGAUGUUCUUUUCCUCGAUUACUUCAUCGGCAUGGCCAUCGCCGGCCUUGCCAUGGAUGCUAUACACAUGAUAUUGCUUGUCCGACCCCUUCACACCUUCCAUCAUCAGAAGCAAACACGGUCAGCGCAUGAACUCCCAUGGUUCCCGAGGUUCAUCUGGGCUGCACAAUUGUGCGCUUCACCCAGAGGAGUGGGCUGGAACCAUCAGGUAAAAAACCUGCCUGAGCACCGUGCAAAAUCAAAACAGGAAUUUGUCGUUUCGUGUUUAACGAGUGCAGCUGAGCACUUCCUGUGGUUCGACCUCGCGCAAUUCUACAUAAGGCACAAUCCGGUAUAUCAGUCCGCUGCAGCAUUCGCAUCUCAGAAUUUUGCCCGUCGCAUUCUGGCCUGUAGCGGAUAUUUGGUGUUCUAUUAUUGCAUGGGGGUUACCGUCCAUUCAUUGAUAUCGGCUUUUGCUGUGAGCUGUACGGGGUCUGAGCCGAGCUCUUGGCCCAACUUAUUUGGGAAAUGGAAGGAUGCGUACACUAUCAGACGAUUCUGGGGUCGAACUUGGCAUCAGUUCCUUCGGCGUUUCUUGGCCCCCUUUGGCCAAAAAAUGGCGGUAUACCUUGGCUUCAAAUCCGGAACAAAUGGAUCGUCCUACACUCAACUUUACACUGCCUUUUUUGUCUCCGGCAUUGCUCAUUUGGGAGGUGACGCAGUGCUCAACUCUUCUCGCCUCGGCGUUUCGUUCCCUUUCUUUAUAUAUCAAGCACUCGGCAUCACGUUUGAGGAUAUGGUUAUAGCUGCUGCUCGGCGUGCGGGGGUGCAGGAGACGAAGUGGACGCGUAAGGUGGGAUAUGUGUGGGUGAUUUGUUGGUUUAUUGUUACUGUGACGCCGUGGGUCACUGCUGUCGGCGUUGCUGGGGUGGAAGGUGGUGGGACAGCGAUCCCCUCCAAAUUUUUUCCUCCUUCCAUUUUCGAGAUACUCGUCAGAUCUGUAGGCAAAUAG